GGAGCGCCCAAGCUCUAAAUUCGUGCCACAGUGUUGCGUGGGGCAUUCUUCCGCUGCCUGCACUCUCUGUGGGGCCGGCCUACCUCGCCCCACUCCUCGUCGUCCUCCUCCAUGGUGGCCGGCCAACUGCGCGUGGCCGUCAUCGGCUCCCAGACGUGCCACCCGGGCACGCCACUGGCCUACACGGUCUACCGGACGUCCGUGAACUACCGGGGGCUGUGCUACCACCGGCUGAUCCGAUUUAGCCACUUUGUGCACUUCGGCAAGAGGCUCAAGCUGGCGAACGGUGCCACGCCCAUCACCGUCAAGUUGCCGCCCAAAAUCUGGUGGAGUCGCAAGGCUUCCCUUAAAGCGGAGACCGUGGAGGCGCGCCAAGUCAUCUUGAACGAGUUCAUGCAACAAGCUGCCAGCCGCCCGUUGACCCCUCGCAGCGAGGAGAGACUCAUGAAGCUACUGAAGGUUGGAGACUACGCCCCGCAAGAGGAAGAAGACCGGGUCAUCAACAGCAGACUCAGCUCCAAGCAGCAGAGUGCCACGCUCACGGAGCCAAUGGACGGCAACCCUUCCAUUCAAACCUCCCCUGCCGAAGAGGAUGAAAAGGAAGAAAGAGAAAAAGUUGCAAGUAUGCAACUGCACCACGAAUCUCUAACCGACAACGAGGAAGAGGAAAAGGAACUGCAACAGCAGAAUGGUGCGAAGACUUCCUUCCAGCGCGCGGAUUCGGAGGCGUCCACGAACCCGGCGUCGGACGACGCGGAGCCCCGAGAGAACCGCGCGCUAUCUGCACCGUUAGCACCUCCGCUGCAAGUGGCCACUCGCCCCAUGAGCGCGUCUCUGAGCGCACAGAACAUGAAGCGAGUGGAGUUCGAGACCAGCGACUCGGAGCUCUCUUCGACUCUCAAGGAAGGAGGAGGCAGAGACUCGUUCGGCAGCUACGCGUCGACCCCCGAGCGGCACUACUUCGGCCAGAUCAAGGAGCGCAUCGCCACCAUCGAGGACAUCAUGAACAGCAGCCGCAAGCUCGAGGACCGCAUCCGCGACAAGCAGGCGCAUCUGGCCUGA